AUGUUGGGCGCCGAAGACGAAGAAGAACAUGAAGAUGAAGAUGAAGAAGAAGAGGAAGAAGAAGAAGAAGAAGAAGAAGAAGACGAAGAGGAAGAGGAAGAGGAAGAGGAAGAGGAAGAAGCUGAACAAGUCCUCAGUCCGCAACAGCGUGAACAGCGCGAUAGGCACUGGGCCAACUUAACCGAAGUCAGCAAUAUUUUGCAAAACAUCGAAACAAUCGCCAUUCCUCCACUUGAGGGUGGGGGCCACUUAAGCCUGGCUCUUCAAGUCGUACGCCCAGAUCCUACUAUCCAGGAUGAAGACCGCGCCCUCAGGGGAACACUGACUCGUCUCCGGAAUCAAAGCCAUUAUCUCAAUGAGCUUCUGUGUAUCAUUUUCGAGCGCAAGCAGGAGGAGAGGCAAAGGGAAAUACUGCGCGCUGAGAGGCAGAGGAAUAUACUGCACGCUGAGAUGAUGCAAUUUACCGCUAAUUUCCGGAGGAUGUAG